AUGAGUUCAAAUUUACAAACAAUUCGUGCACUUAUAUACUAUAAUGGUAGGAAGGUGAUUGGUCGUCAUGGUGUAACAUUUGAAGGUGAAAAGAGACAGAUGCGUAUUACACGGGGUACUACUUUUGAGGGCUUGAAAGCAAACAUUCACCAUAAAUUGGGGUUACUAAGGAAUCAACAUAUUUCUGAAAUCACUGUAAGAGCUCUUGCUGGCAGUUCUGAAUACACAGCAAUAUCAAUUACAGAUGAUGAUGAUGUUGAUAUUAUAUUAGAUAUUUUUGUGGAACAAGCAGAAACGAGUACUGAUCAAACCCAUGCUAGAAAGUUUGUGGAGAUAUACGUAGAUAUUCAAAAUACCGAUGAUUUGUCAUUGCCGAUUCAGUCAGUUGAUGUGAAUACAACACCACACAUUGAUAUAUUGAACAAGAAUGCAUCAUCAUCUGUGCUUCCAGUAGUGCCCAACGCUGCUAUACUUGAUGAUGAAGACAUUCCAACAUAUUAUCAGAACGAUGAUGAACCAGAAGAAGAAGAAGACGAGGAUGCGUGCCUGGCAGCUGAAAAUAAUGACGAUGAGUCGAAUAGUGAAGAUGACGACGAUGUGCCGAUGAGAUGCCACAACAACGUCAAUGAAACCACAUCGAGUAUUGUUGGGUAUGAAAAUGUCGUUGAAGGUAACAAUGUGACCCCUAAUGUAGGUCCUAAUAUAUCUCCAUUUUGGAAUGGAAUACCACAUUUCUCAUACAUUAAUUAUGAGUAUCCCAAUGAAGAUCGAGAAUACAACGAGAGAGAGUAUCGUGGUGCAUGGACCAUUGGGGAUGAGUUGUCUUUGAAACAAGAAUUUGAUUAUAAGGAAUCAAUGCAAAUGGCUGUGAAGUCAUAUUGUAUGAAAAUUAAUAAAGAAGUUGUUGUUGUUGAGAGCACGACUAUGAAGCUAGUUUUGAGGUGCAAGGACCAUGGGUCGGGUUGUCCAUGGCAAAUGAGGGCAAUGAAACCAAAAAAUGGAUUAAUGUGGGUUGUGAGUAGAUGGGAGGGACCUCACAAUUGUGUCACUUGUAACCUGUCUCAAGAUCACAGACAACUUGAUUCCGCCUUCAUUGCUUCAACUAUAUUAGAUUUGGUCAAGGAAGAACCACAUGUAUCGAUCGGUUUGAUACAAGAAAGAAUUCGAAACAAUUAUGGGUUUACUAUUUCAUACAGGAAAGCUUGGAAGGCGAAACAAAAAGCCAUGGCAAAAAUCUAUGGCAAUUGGGACCAGUCUUAUGCUUAUUUGCCCAGAUGGUUUAAUUACAUGCUGACAUUUUUGGAGGGUUCUGUUUACCACAUUCAAACAAAUGACUACGUGGUAAACCAUCGUGUUGUGAAUGGCUACCGGGUUUUCCAUAGAGUUUUCUGGACUUUCAAGCAAUGUUGUGACGCGUUCAACUUCUGCAAACCUGUUAUACAAGUUGAUGGCACUCAUUUAUAUGGGAAGUAUAAAGGUACAUUACUGAUUGCCACAACGCAAGAUGGAAACGAUGAAGUAUUACCUUUGGCAUUUGCAGUCGUAGAAGGCAUAUGCCUAAUCUCAGAUCGGCACUGUGGAAUAUUAUCGGCUGUUGCAAACCCACAUCUUGAUUGGCAGCCUCCUAAGGCGUACCAUGUUUUUUGCCUUAGACAUGUUGGAAGUAACUUCAACCAAAGAUUCAAGAAUGAGGAAUGGAAGCGUCAAUUGAAGAAUCUAGGUUAUACUCCAUCAAAGGUCAAUUUUGAUGUUAAGUUGGAGGAAUUCCGGAGCAAUAGCCCAGAGGUAGCAACGUGGAUUGAUAGCAUUCCGAAGGAAAAAUGGAGUCGUGCAUAUGACGUGGAUGGACGUCGUUAUGGUCAUAUGACGACAAAUUUAUCUGAAUGCGUGAAUAGCAUUUUUAAGGGAGCUCGAGGGAUGCCUAUUACAUCUAUGGUGAAGCAUACUUAUAGUAAGCUUGUGCAUUACUUUGUAAAGAGAGGUCACGAAGCUAGUCUAGAUGCUGAUGCGGGUAUUAAGUUUUGCCAUAAUGCCAACAGAAGAAUGGAGAGAGAAGCAAUUGCAGCCUUGAGCCACAUUGUGCGUGCAUUCAAUAGAGAAUCAACCUUAUUUGAGGUGGAAGAACCAUACAACCCUAUAACACAGAAAGGGGGUUAUUCGUUGUCUCUGUACUUAAAUGAAAGGAAGUGCCAAUGUGGGAAAUUCCAAGCAUUUAAAUAUCCAUGCAGCCAUGUCAGGGCUGUUUGUUUGAAGAUGGGGAUGACUUAUGAUAAUUUUGUGGACCCAUGCUACUCCAUACACAAUAUUAAUAAGGUGUAUGCAUCACCAUGGUUUCCGAUCGGCAAUGAGGAAGCAAUUCCACCCUAUAAUGGAUCGAUUCUCCUGCCUGAUGCAAACCGCGUGCGGGCAAAGGGUCGACCUAAGAGGACUCGCAUUCAUAACGAAAUGGACCAUAUAGAAUCCAGUUCAAGUCGUAGUAAGUGUGGUGUGUGUGGAAGGAUUGGGCACAAUAGAUGGUCGUGUCCUGCACGUUUAAAUGUUCAAUGA